GUGCCAUCCAGUCCUUCGCCGGCUUCACCGACUACUUUGUGGCGAUGGCGCAGGAGGGUUGGUGGCCUCUGCUCUGCUUGGGCUUGCGCCCGCGUUGGGAGGACACCCACGAGCAGGAGCUGCAGGACAGCUACGGCCAACAAUGGACCUUCGAGCAGCGCCGCUACCAGCAGUACACCUGCUACACCGUCUUCUUCAUCAGCAUCGAGAUGUGCCAGAUCGCCGACGUCCUCAUCCGCAAGACCCGACGCCUCUCCCUCUUCCAGCAGGGCCUCUUCCGGAACCGGAUCCUGGUGAUCGCCAUCGUGUUCCAGGUGUCCAUCGGCUGCUUCCUCUGUUACUGCCCCGGGAUGCCCAACGUCUUCAACUUCAUGCCCAUCCG